AUGGCUCAAUGUUCGGGCCUCCAAGCUUUAUUGAUUUUCCUGAAUAGCUGCUUCUUUAUUCUUGGAACACAGUGUUAUCAGAGCUCGUAUCAUGGAUCAUGCCAUGGAAUGGGAUAUGGAGAUUCUCUCUUUGAGAGUGAGCAAUCAACGAAACCUGGAAUGUCGCAAUGCUCUCCGAGUUCCGUCGACGUUGGCGUACGAACAAAGUGUCAAUUUUUGCUCCAGAUGUCGAUCCAGAUGUCGAGAACUUUUGAGGCGUUAUCCGACGAAACCCAACUGAAAUAUGCUCUCCAGCAUCUGCAUCAGUGCGGCUUUGACUUCGGAACUGCCUUGGACACGGUCGACCAGAAGCUGCUCCACACGCGCCUCAAGAAACGAAGUCGAUUCCAGCAGGUCAAGCUGAUGAUCAACCCGGAAGUCACCAGAAGAGACAAAGUGUUACGGGAAUCGGAUACGAAAGGUACGAACCUUCAUGGCUUUUUGUGA